CUCUUGCCGGCGUGAUGUGGUCUCGCGGAGCCGGGGGAGGGAGGGCAUUUGUUUGGAAUGUUCCGGGGUCUCCCUGGGCACCUUCGUCUUGGCUGCGCGUGCGUGUUGGGAAAGCCGUCUCCCGUGGUGCCUGUUACCUGUGGAGCUGGGCAAGGAGUUGUCUGAAGACUGCUUUGCCUUAGACUUCCGCCGGAGGAAGGAUCACAUCAUGGCAGAGGCAACAGAACCCAUUCACUUUCUUGAUGUCUGCAAUCAGAAAUUUUCUGAAUUCAUGUUCAAUACUGAACAUAAAUGCUUGAUGUGGUUGCGGGAAAUUGAGGAGGAAGCCAUGAAAAUAUUCGAUAGCAGUCUCAAUGCUGAGCCUGCACUGAUGCCCAAAACGCCAUCACAGAAGAAGCAUCGGAAAAAGAAGCGCUCUUCAUCUUUUAAAGAUGACAGUAAAGAACUGACUAGAAAAAGACUCUCAAAAAGACGAAGUGGCGUAAAACCAUCCUCCUCUAUUGAACUUUCUCUGAGCAAAGAGAAUCUGAAAGUAACGACAUCUUGUAAAACAAACUUUUGCACAAAGGAAACUUUAGAAGCACAGUGUCACAAAAAAGUUAUGUAUCCAGCUGAAGAACAAGCACUUGGUGUUGACUUUAACAAAAAUACUGAAGUGAAAGGAAAAAUGGAUGAAGAAAUGAUUAGUAUCCCUGAAAUCUCCACCAUGUGCCCUGAUGGCCAUUUUGCUGACAGGGUUGGAGCUACUGAAGGUGCAGGUGUUUUGGAUGUCUCUGCCAUUAUGCUGCCAAAUCCCCUUCAUCCAGUAAGGACUGGAAAAGACUGGGAUACAUCUAGGCUGAGUACUUCUACUCCAAAACCAUCUUUAAAUGUGAAGCCUACAGGUGAAGGAGAGUCGUCCUUGGCCCGACAAGGAGAUAAUGCGGUGCAAGAGGGAACUGCGUCUCAAGAUUUAAAAGACAGUAGUGAAAUCUCUGGAGGCUCCCGAUCGGGCCAUCGCCCUUCACAUAGACCCCACAAGAACAAGAGAGUAUCACUUGUAGAGAAAUACUCACUAACCAGCAAAAGGAAAAGCAUGAUUCGGAAAUCCAUCAGCAAGUCGAUUGCCAAGAAGAAAGCAGCUCAGAACUCUUCAUCCACUUCUAGUCGAGUAAGCGGCCAUAGUUCCAUUGAAGUGUUUGUGGAUGAUGAAGCAAGUACGAAUGGGCCUUCCUUGGUACAGAAUGCUCAGUCUAAUGAGGAACUGAAGAUGCUACAAAAAACACCCUCUGUUCUAGAUGUACCUAGCCUGGUUGCUGCAGAAAAUCCAGAUCAGCCUGAGAUGCAGAAGGGGAAAAUAUGCAAUGAAGAAAGUCUUGCCAUUAAGAUGACUGGCUCCCAAGUCAGUGGGUUUGAAGAUUCAUCCCAGAGCAACCAGACCCAUGAAGAGAGUAUCAGGAGCCAAAGUUAUAAACAAGCACUGAAUGAGCUGCCUGCUGCCCAGCCUACAAAAGAUGAAGAUCUUUCAUCUUUUAGUCAAAAAAACACAUCUUCUGCAAACAAAACACUGUCCCCUUCUGGUUCAGCCAAGAUCACACAACCUUUCAAAACCUUCUUUCAGACAAUGCAAAAAAGCCAGCUGUUCAAACCCCCUGGGUCUCCAGGGCCCAGCAGUGUUAUGAAAAGUCUUGUCAAACAUACGACACCUGCCACUAAACCUGAUACCAGGGAAAAAGAACGACAACGACUGGAGAGUCUGCGGAAAAAACAAGAAGCUGAGCAACAAAGAAAACAGAAAGUGGAGGAAGAAAAAAGACGAAGGUUGGAAGAAAUAAAAUUAAAGCGGGAAGAACGGUUAAGAAAGGCGCUGCAAGCUCGGGAACGAGUGGAGCAGAUGGAAGAGGAAAAAAGGAGACGAAUGGAACAGAAAUUCUCUCAACAUGAGGAGAGGAGUGAGAAGGUGCGAGAAGAGAAAAUGGCAGAGGAAAAGACAAAGAGAAAAGUGUCCAUGAAGAAAAUGUGGGAUACAGAAGCCCCAAAACAGAAAGCACUGCAGAUGUUCAGCCUUUCCGGCAUGUAUAUAGAGCAUGUUGACUUUUCUCCUCCACUCCCUUUCUCGUUUCAGGAAGAGGAGCAAAAGUUUCAAGAACAGCCAGAAAAAUGGAAGACGGUUGGGGAAAUUAAGAAGAUGCUAGAGCACAAUAAUGCAAAACAAGCAAAUGAAAGGCACCACGGACAGCAAGACAAAGAGAAAUGGAUAAAGCAGCUGGAUCUGGCAGUGGUUACAGAAGAGGAAGAAAAUCAGAAGGAGGAAAAGAGUCCUACCAGUCUAGAGCCGCUGCCUCAAGAAAAGAAAGCCAAGCAUGUUGAAGUGGUUCCUGCUGCCAGUAAAUGGCUCAAUAUAACUGCUCAGAAAUCUCCUAUCAGCACGUCCAACCAUGUGAACCCCCAGGACCAGAAAGAUUCCAAGUCCCUCAAAAUCAAUCCCAAUGACUAUGGAAUGGAUUUGAAUAGUGACGACUCCACUGAUGAUGAAAGCCAGCCCCGCAGACCGAUCCCUCCUUGGGCCACUGGUCUUCAGCUUAAUGAAGCGGUCACAUACCAGUACUACAACCCUCCAAAUAUUGAUACAUUUUUUGGACAAAUCUUGAGCCCUAAACUAGAAGAUAUCUUCUACAAGAGCAAACCAAGGUAUUUCAAGCGCACCAGUUCUGCUGUCUGGCAGUCACCACCUUUACCGGGUACCAAAACAGCAUUGCGUGCAUCCAAUAGCAUGAAAAAAUAAUGAGGCUGGGAAGGACCUCAUAUUUGUCAGCUGUGGUUUGUCUAAGUAAGACAUCUGUAAACAUUUUAAUAUUUUCUAUCUCUUGUAUUCCAUGCAAUAAAGAUUUAAAUUCUGAAACCACUAUAUUUUAAAUAAAGGAUGAGAUUGCGUGUGUUCUAAAA